UCAUUGCGAGGCGGAGGCGUUUCAACCACCUGACCCAGGAGCUGUACGAGCUGCCCAUUGUGGUGUGGGACGGUGGGGAGCCGUCGCUUAGUGGAACCAGCACCUUGACCCUGCGGGUGUGCCCGUGCCAGCGCCACGGCAGGAUCCGGAUGUGCCAAGGCGAAGCGUUCCUCUCCUCAGCAGGCCUCAGCACAGGGGCUCUGAUUGCCAUCCUGCUGUGCAUCGUCAUCCUGCUGGCCAUUGUGGUUCUCUUCAUCACCCUGAGGCGGAGCAAGAAAGAGCCUCUCGUCAUCUCCGAGGAGGACAUCCGAGAAAACGUAGUUACCUACGACGACGAGGGCGGAGGCGAGGAGGACACCGAGGCCUUCGACAUCAUCGCCCUCCGUAACCCAGCAGCCGCCGAGGAGCUCAAGUUCCGGCGGGACAUUCGCCCAGAGGGGCGGAAACACUGCGUCCCGUCCCGCAGCCGCCGGAGCCCGUCGGUGGAGCUGGACGAGGUGGACGUGCACGAAUUCAUCAAGCAGAGAUUGGUGGAGGCCGACAUGGACACCAGCGUGCCGCCCUAUGACUCUCUGCAGACCUACGCUUACGAGGGUCAGGGCUCACCCACGGGAUCCGUCAGUCCUUUAGACUCUGCCGGAACGCAAUCGGAGCAGGAUUAUAACUACCUGGACGACUGGGGGCCCGAGUUCCAGAAACUGGCAGAACUCUACGCAGAGGCAGAAUCAGAUAUGACAACCUAGUGUGUGAUUUCACUCCUGUUCAAACCAAAUCUGUUUGAAGUCUGUUUUGCAAGUUUUCAGUGAACAAUACAAACAAACAGAGAUGCUUUCAAACUGGUCUGGUGGAUUUCUGUCGUUGAGCCGCAAACACUGCUCGAUUUUUCCUUUUCGUCGCGUUGGAUCGUUAAUGCGGAAGUAUUGAAUCAGAUUUUGAAGAUGGAAGAACAACAAUAUGGGGAAAAAGGAAAAAUGAUAUUUUCCUCGGUGUAUA